GCUCGCUUAUGCACUGUGAUGGACCAUGGCGGGGCUCUACCCUCCCAAUACUCACAAUUUGUACCUACUUCGUUGAACAAACCUCCCCUAUCAAACCCUACACCGGAUGCUUCCAAAUCGUCGUCCGAUGUUCUCAUUUGCGGCUUUAAUCUUUCACUGCUUCCUCGUAAUACCAUGUUUGUGGUUUGCGUAUUGGGCAUUUUUGUCACCUACAUCAUGUACGGCGCAUUGCAAGAAGCCAUAUUCCGUUCCUCCGAUAUGAAGGAACACAGCAACUUCCUUACCCUAAUUCAAUUCACAAUUUACUCAUUGCUUGCUUUUUCCGAACUGCGUCACCAAAGGAUCUCCAUCCGCACCUCCAGAUCGAGGGCCGCACUCGGUUUCUAUUGCCUGAUGGCAUUACUCACAUUGGGAACUAUCGCGUUCUCAAACGCGUCUGUCUCCUAUCUCAACUACCCCACUCAGGUUAUCUUCAAAUGCUGCAAACUGAUACCCGUAAUGAUUGGGGGUCUGAUUAUUCAGCGCAAGGGAUAUAACGUCUUGGAGGUUUCGGCUGUUUUUCUAAUGACCGCUGGACUGGUGUCUUUCACAAUGGUUGACGUCGCCGUUCAACCUUUUUUCACAGCAUGGGGCGUAGUCCUCAUCUCCAUGGCUCUUUGCUGUGAUGGAGCUUUGGGCAACUUUCAGGAGUUAACGAUGCGCAAAUUUAAGUGCUCAAACACGGAGAUUCUGCCAUUCGCUCAUGCUUCGCACUCCAGUGGGGUAUUGUGUGCUACAUAUCCGUAUUACUCAUUCAAAAUGGCGGUAUCGCGAUAG